AUGACAACAACAAAUAGCAUGCAAAAGCAAAUUUUUUCACCGGAAGAUGAUGAAAAAGCUUUGGAGAAUUUGGUGGUAGAAGACAGUUAUAAUAGUGAAGACGAAUGUGAUAAGGCAAAAUCACAGAAGCCCUCCGAGGAAGAAUCAUCUGAGAGAAUUUGGAGUGAAGAUGAAGAAAUUGCAAUUUUAAAAAUUGCAAUCAAAUUUUGGCAUAAGAGAGAAGUUGACCCUGCCACCCAAGAGAGAGAUUUUUUUGUUUUUUUACAGGAAACACAACAAUUGAUAGGUGAAUUUACUAAAGACGAAGUGACAACAAAAUUAAGGUUGAUGAAGGAAGAAUACGAAAGCAAUUUGAUUAAAGGUAAGAGUUGUUGUCAUGCAAAUAAAAUAUUAGAGUAUUGUGAGAAGAUAUGGGGUGAUGAGAAUAAUGUAGAGGAGAUAUUAUUUAUCAAUAAAAAAUAUAUUGGAUUAGGAGAGAAUAUUGUUAAGGAAGCCAUGAAAUAUAUUGAAGAAAGUAAAAUGAUUGAGUUGAUGCAACAAUGGAAACAAGUUCAAGCCUUGGAAUUUGAAAUUCUCAAAAAGAGGGCUGCAUUGGCAGAAUAUCAGACAAAAUUGAUGUUAGAGGAAGCAAAUAAGCGAAUGAAGAAAACGCUAGCUCCAUCAUCAACCUGA